AAACACAAGACACUGAACUAGACCAAGACUUUUGCUUUUCUUUUUACCUUCGCUUUACGCACUGCUCCGCUUGGACUUCCGUGCCUGUGGAUCCUGUGCGUAAAUUGGAUACUGAACUUUGGAGACGUUUAGGAACCUUGACGGUUCUUGCCUGGGGACACCAUGGGGCGGCUACUCCUGCCGUGUGCCGCGCUCCUUCUUUGCGCGCAGUCGGUUUUCUCAGGCGGCGUUUUUGAACUGAGAAUCGACUCUUUCACCAGUUCGAGGGGUAUUUGCUCCUCAUCUGACUGCCAGGUUUUUUUCCGCAUCUGCCUAAAACACACGCAGGACGUUAUUAACCCCGAACCCCCUUGCACCUACGGCACCAAGCUGACGGACAUCUACAACAUCAACUCCGUCUCAGGGAACGCCCCCAUCGUCAUCCCCUUUCAGUUCAAAUGGCCGGGUACUUUCUCUCUCAUUGUGGAAGCAUGGAAAGCCGAAUCUGCUCCGUCUGAAUCUACAGAAAACCAAAACAACCUGAUCACUCGACUGUUGACCGGACGUACCCUCAGCGUCGGACAGGAGUGGUCUCAAGACGUCCACUACGGAGACAGCAGCGAAUUGCACUUCUCCUAUCACGUCAUGUGCAGCGAAUUCUACCACGGCGAAGCUUGCGCCUCCUACUGCCGACCGCGGAACGAUCCUUUCGGGCACUUCACCUGUGACGAAGAAGGGUCCCGGCAGUGCUUAGAGGGAUGGACUGGCGAAUACUGCUCCGAUCCCAUCUGUGCCCCGGGCUGCAGCGAUCGCCACGGUUUCUGCGAGGCGCCCGGCGAGUGCGUGUGCCGCCAGGGGUGGCAGGGCGACCGGUGCGACGAGUGCGCGCGGCAUCCCGGGUGCAUGCACGGGACCUGCAGCCAGCCCUGGCAAUGCAACUGCAAGGAGGGAUGGGGAGGACUGUACUGCGAUCAAGAUCUGAACUACUGCACCAACCACAGACCGUGCCAAAAUGACGCUACGUGCACCAAUACCGGACAAGGAAGCUACACAUGCGCCUGCAAGCCUGGGUUCACCGGCACCAACUGUGAAAUUGAGACAAAUGAAUGUGACAGCAACCCGUGCAAAAAUGGAGGCAGUUGCAGUGAUUUGAUCAAUGACUACACAUGCACGUGUCCGCAAGGUUUCUAUGGGAAGAAUUGUGAAAUCAGUGCAAUGACAUGCGCAGAUGGGCCCUGCUUUAAUGGAGGGACCUGCGUUGAAAAUGAGGGCGGUGGAUACAGCUGCCGAUGCGAUCCUGGUUUCACCGGCUCCAACUGUGAGAAAAAACUGGAUCGUUGCAGUUCAAACCCCUGCUCCAAUGGUGCUCAGUGCUUGGAUGCCGGAAAUCGCUUUGUGUGCCGCUGUCGCCCGGGAUUUUCAGGUCUUAAGUGUGAGACCAAUAUCGAUGAUUGUGCCAGAAAUCCAUGCAAAAACUCCGGCACCUGCAUCGACGGUGUCAAUGACUACACCUGCUCCUGUACUCUUGGCUAUGCCGGGAAGGACUGCUCAGUUCGGGACAGUCCUUGCACCAACUUCCCUUGUGAAAACGGCGGGACAUGCUAUACACAUUUUACUGGUCCUGUUUGCCAAUGCCCCGCCGGUCACAUGGGAGCAAGGUGCGAAUUUAAAGUCCAAACGACAAUCGCGGCGCCCACACCGGCGUCUCCGCCUACCCCGGUCUUGAUGGUGGCGUUCGCUUUGGGUUUUGUCACUCUAGCAUUAAUGAUGGCCGCUGCGGUUUUCAUUCUUCGGCAGUUGCGUAAGGGGUCGCAGCUGGCCGCUACGACGUCGGUGAAAAACGAUUUGGAAAACGUCAACAAUCGGAACGCCAUCAUCGGAGGUGGGACGCCGAACAACGGAGCCAGCCUGAAAGAGAAAGAGGUAUUCCUUAUCCCAGGCCCACAUGCUAAAGUUUCCAACAAGAAAGCAGCGUUAGAAAAGGGAAGUGAUAACUACAAAAACAAGGUGGCAGACUGUAACUUGGCAAAAGACGACAAGAAUAAAUUUGAUUUUAAAAAACGCGAGUCGACUAUCCUUGUUCCCCAACUAAAUUUCGGAAAAGAAAACUUAUAUCAUCCUAUUUACAUAAUACCAGACCAAUUGGAUCAGUGUGUCAUUGCUACGGAGGUUUAACCUCAAGUGUCUCAGCUCCACCCAACUUCCUGUUUUGGACACUUUUAGCAAUACGCGUUUUUCUACGGACUUAUUUUUUUAUUUAAUAUUUAUUGCUGCUGACAGACAAUAAGAAACGGGCCCGCCUGUCUGGCCAUUUUUUGCACUAUUUAUCUUUUAUACCUUAAAUCCUAAUAUAAUUUUUGGGUUUUUUUUACUUUUAUAUCGCUUUUUUUACAUGGAUCGAAAUACGGAUUGUGCCAUUUGUAAAGACUGGUGCCUUAGGAAAAGCUAUGAAAAAUGCUGGGACUUUGGGACAUAGAACAAAGCUCAAAAAGCAGCAUUUGAAUCAACAGAGGAAACGCUGGAUACAAUGAUCACCUUUGGAGGCCUUUAAACGGAAAAAUCAAUGAUUACGCUCUCAAGAUGCCUUAAAAUCACGGUUGAAUUCAACAAUGACGCGAAAGUGCCUCUACGGAAGAAAUCGCGAAGAAAAACGGACCCAGAUGCUCGCAAUCGUCAAUGAAAGAUAAUCUGCUUUUGACAAUGUUUACGAUUGUUUCCGAACUACACAUGCUAUCCAGUUAUUCGGGGCUCCGCUAGAGUCCGCGCACUGCCCCGUCUACUGCCGAGUAUUUGAAAAAAAAGGAUGUUUUCGGAUCCAGACGAUACCAAAAAUCUAUGUCAAAUGUGCGUUCAAUGUUCGUCUGUUCAUGUUAAUUUAUGGAAACAAUGCAAUGUGUAAAUAGUUGAGAAUAUAGCUUACCUCUAUUUAAUUUGACCUGUACAUAAGCUGGUAUUUAUGGAAACUGUAUAUACGUCUAUGUUAUUGUCUUCGUCCAAAUCAAGAAAUAUAUUUUUUCAUAAAUAAAUUUAAAAAUAACAUUA